GGAAGUUUGUGACGUCACAAUAUGGCGGCUCCCAUGUGUCGAUAGAAACAACGUGAUACUUUUGGCUCAUGUUUGCUAGAUUUUAACUUAAACAGAACACUCCGAAGUCAUUUUAAAUAUUUUUGGAGGCCACAGUAAGGUCCUCAAUAAAUUAGUGAAUAAUUAUAUUAUCAUCUGAGAGCCACAGUUCAUUUAUGAGAUGGCUUCAUUUAAACCCACUAAAAUUCAGACGUAUCCGAAACUUGGAGAGAAAGUGACAGAGGAUACACUGUACUGGCAGAAUUAUAAGGCUGCUGUGCAGAUUAAAGAGUUUGGUGCUGUUACAAAGAUUGACUUCUCUCCACUCCCACCUCACAAUUAUGCAGUCACGGCAUCAACUAGAGUCCAGGUAUAUGGCCCUCACUCUCAAGAGCCCAUACGGAGCUUUACUCGUUUCCGGGAUACGGCGUAUGGGGGGAGUUUCCGAGGUGACGGGAAGCUUUUAGUGGCCGGAAGUGAAGAAGGACUCAUCCGUCUGUUUGACAUCGGCGGUCGAGUGGCUCUCAGACAGUUCAAAGGACACUCAAAGGCGGUACAUGCAACCUCAUUCCUGUCUGAUGGGUUUCGUGUGAUGUCUGGCUCUGAUGAUCUGUCGUGUCGUGUGUGGGAUGUUGCCAGUGGUACUGAACUCGGAUCAUUCACUGAACACACAGAUUAUAUCAGAGCUGCUGCUCCCAGCAAACUCAACCCUGACCUCUUUGUCACAGGUUCAUAUGAUCACACAGUGAAAUUGUUUGACGUGCGGUCAGGAGGCAGUGUGAUGACAAUACAACAUGGCCACCCUGUGGAGUGUGUGCUGCUGUAUCCUUCAGAGGCCCUGCUGGUGUCCACAGGAGGGCGCUAUGUUAAAAUUUGGGAUCUGUUGAAAGGCGGACAGCAGCUUGUUUCUCUUAAGAAUCAUCACAAAACCGUGACGUGUGCAUGUCUGAGCUCUACUGGGAACAGACUACUUACAGGCUCACUGGACAGGCAUGUCAAAGUGUACAACUCCUCGUAUAAGGUCAUACACAAUUUCGACUAUGCGGCAUCUAUUCUGAGUCUGGCUGUGGCGCCUGAUGAUGAGGUUGUUGCUGUGGGAAUGACCAAUGGCGUGUUGAGUGUCAGGCACAGGAAACAUAAAGAAGACAAAGAGUCGUUGAUUGGUCGAAGGCGACGGGGUCCUGCAUACCGAGUCUUUGUCAAGGGGAAGAACUUUGUCCCUAAACAGGAUGAUUUCUUGGUCAGUAAAGCAGUGAAACAACAUCUACAGAAAUAUGACAAACAGCUAAAAAGCUUCCAGGUGUCCAAAGCUCUGGACACAGCUCUGGAGACAUGGAGACGCACCAGUAAACCGGAGGUGACUGUAGCCGUUAUAAUGGAGCUGAACCGCAGAGGAACUCUGAAGAACGCUCUUGCAGGACGAAAUGAAGAGAGCUUAACCAAAAUACUCAACUUCCUCCUCAAACACAUCACUGACCCACGCUUCUCUCGUCCACUGCUCACAGUCGGAGAUAUUGUUCUUGAUCUGUAUCAGCAGGUUAUUCCCCAGUCUCCUAUAGUGGAACGGUUGCUACAGCGUUUGAUGGAGCUGUUGGGUCGGGAAGCAGAUCUUCAGCAGGAGCUUCUUCAGGUGUUGGGCAUCUUGGACACUCUUUUUGCAUCACUGACCCCCAGGAGAGAGGUCGCUGCCCUGCAGCCUGUGCAGGGCUCACAGCUGCAAGCCGCCUGACAUUCAUUCCAAAACUCUGUGAGAUCUUGUGACCUCACCGAAACGUGCUGGACUUAGACGGAGGCAGGUUGAAAAGGAAAGGGGAACAUGAAGGAAACCAACAUGAGAGACAGCCAUGGGGACGCUGUUGCCCAAUCAUUGAAAAAUCUCUGAGAGUGCAUCUUCAGUUUUCUGCUAUGUUUGCAGAAUUUGAAGUUGUAUUUUGUAUAUUCUUAUCAUAAAGACUUUAAAUCUA